GUUCAGGUCUACAGGGAGUCUCAGACGGGUUCAGGUCUACAGGGAGUCUCAGGUCUACAGAGAGUCUCAGACGGGUUCAGGUCUACAGAGAGUCUCAGACAGGUUCAGGUCUACAGAGAGUCUCAGACUGGUUCAGGUCUACAGAGAGCUGUGAUGAUGAUGAAGAUGAUGAAGGUCCUGGUCCUCGGUCUCUCCUGGGUCCUCUGGGUCUCAGCUGACGGUCUACAUGAGGACAUUAAUAUCUUUGGCUGUUCAGACUCUGACGGAGAGUUCAUGUUUGCUCUGGAUGGAGAAGAGCUUUGGUACGCAGACUUCAUCAACAAGAGAGGAGUCUAUACUCAGCCCCCCUUUGUAGAUCAUGUGAGCUAUGUGGAAGAAGUUUAUGAAUCUGCUGUGGCUGAUCUACAGGUCUGCAGAGACAGCCUCAAACUAAGACGUAAAGCCAUCAAGGAUCCUCUGGAGAACGAUCCUCCUUCCAGCCUGCUCGUCUACACCAGAGACGACGUGGAGCUCGGAGAGAAGAACCAGCUGAUCUGUCAUGUGACUGGUUUCUAUCCUGCUCCUGUAAAGAUCUACUGGACCAAGAACGGAGAGAACGUGACUGAAGGAACCAGCAUCAACGUUCCCUUCCCCAACACAGACGGUUCCUUCAGACAGACGUCCAGACUGGAGUUCAUCCCACAGCAGGGAGACAUUUACAGCUGCACAGUCCAACAUCUGGCCCUGGACAGUCCUCUGACCCGGAUCUGGGAUGUGGAGACGACCCCCCCCCCAGUGUUGGACCUGCAGUGUUUUGUGGACUGGGUCUGACUGUGGGUCUGCUCGGUGGCUGCUGGAAUUAUUUAUAAUUAUUCCUCUUAUAUUGAAAAUGAA